AUGCAUGAACAAAAUCAUACAUCUACUUCAAGGGCCAAUGACGUAGUACAAGCACCAUUUAGAGAUGUCAAAAUGGUGAAAAGCGCGUUUAAAAAAAGAGUGAUGACACUUUCAUAUGAAAAUAUGAAUGAAGAAUGUCUCAUACCUGAGAUAUUUUUAAAAGAAGCUUACACACCGUUCAUGCAGAAAGUUAAAGUCUUUUUAAAAGAACACUAUGCAUUAAAGUACAAUAUUGAACUCCAUGCUUUAUAUGCCAAACCCAAUUUGGAUGAUUUGGAAAACACGCCAUUAGAGACUUUAGUUCAAUUAAUAAAAGUUUAUCUAAAUUUAAAUAAAUAUCAACCUCUAAAGGGUUCAUCAUAUAUAGAACUGCCAAAGAAAUUACAUUUAAAAUAUGCAUGCAUAAACGUUAAAAAUGCUGAUGAAUUCUGUUUUAAAUGGGCUAUAAUCUCAGCAAUUGCUGAUUUUAAAAAAGAUGCUGGUCGUCCAUCUAAGUAUAAUGUAAAUAUCGAAGCCGAAAAUAUCACUGUGAAAGGUAACAGCUUGAAUUUCAAAGGGUUAUGCUUCCCAUUAAAAGUAAAAGAUAUAUCAAUCUUUGAAAUAAAUAAUCCAAAUAUUAGCAUUAAUGUAUUUGGAUAUGAUGAGAGCAUUAAAUUGAUUGUGGGACCUUAUUAUAAAAGCAAAGUUAAAAGGUCGAAACACAUCAAUCUAUUGUUUCUUCAGAAAAAUAUUGCACAUAAUACCAUAUGUCAUUAUAUAUGGAUCAAAAAUAUUUCAAGAUUGAUUAGAUCUCAGCAAACGAAACAUGAAUCAAAAAUAUUUGUAUGUGAUGAUUGUCUCCAACAUUUUCAUCAUCAAGACAAGUUGGAUUUACACCAGAAGAUUUGCAGUCAGCUGGUUUUCCGUGUACCCACACCAGAUAAGUCCAUUUUAGAAUUUAAAAAUUACAAAAAUAAAUUCGAUGUACCUUUUGUUAUAUAUGCCGACUCAGAAUGCAUAUUUGAAAAUAUUCAAACUUGUAUUCCGAAUGGGAACAAAUCGUCCACAACAUUAGUUGAUAGACAUAUUCCCUAUGCAUUUUCCUAUUUUAUAAAAUCUAAUAUCAACAAUAAUGACUUAAGUCAUAAGCUACGUCAUUUUAAAGGCAUAGACGCUGCUAAAUUGUUUGUAGAAUCAUUAGUUGCAGAUGUCAAAUCUUUAAAUGAUAAUUAUUUAAAGGAAAUUAUACCGAUGACACCCUUAACCGUAGAGGAAAAUUUAGAUUAUGCUUUGAAUGAUAUAUGUCAUAUUUGCUUUAAACCGAUUGCAAAUGAAAUUAAAGUAAGAGACCACUGUCAUUUAAGCGGUAAAUAUAGAGGACCAGCUCAUAAUUCUUGUAAUCUUAAUGCCAAAACACCUAAAUUGUUCCCAGUAAUUUUUCACAAUUUUUCUUCAUAUGAUUGCCAUUUAUUUGUGAAAGAGCUCAAUAAUAUUGACGAUGGCCCCAUUAACGUUAUUCCCCUAAAUAAGGAAUUAUAUAUAUCUCUAUCAAAAACUAUAAAGAGUGAUAAAGGGGACAAUAUUGAAAUUAGAUUUCUAGAUUCAUAUAGGUUUAUGCCAUCAAGUUUGGAUAGUUUAAUACAAAAUUUAACAAAAGAUGAAUUAAAAAUUGUUAAAGAGUUUUAUUCAGAAGAUGAAAAUCAAUUUAAUUUAUUAAUAAGAAAGGGCGUCUUUCCAUACAAUUAUUUAAAUUCUUUAGAAAAACUCAAAGAAACUUGUCUGCCAAGCAUAGAUGACUUCUAUAACAAACUAACUGAUUCCAAAUGCUCUAUAGAAGAUUAUACACAUGCCCAAGAAGUUUGGAGUAAAUUUGAAUGUAAGACAUUAGAAGAUUAUUUAAUGGUAUACUUAAAAAGUGAUGUUUUAUUAUUAGCAGACGUAUUUGAAAAUUUCAGGUCAGUUUGUAAAAGCAUUUAUAAAUUGGAUCCAUGCCACUAUUAUACAGCACCAGGCCUAUCUUGGGAUGCUAUGCUAAAAAUAACUGAAAUUAAAUUGGAUUUGCUUACUGACAUUGAAAUGAUUCGGUUUCUACAAAAAGGUAUUAGAGGUGGAAUAGUUCAAUGUUCUCAAAGGUAUUCUUCAGCCAACAACAAAUAUCUUUCUGAUUAUGAUGAGAAACUUCCUUCUAAAUACUUGACAUAUUUAGAUGCAAAUAACUUGUAUGGUUGGGCAAUGUCAGAAGCUUUGCCAGAAGGCAAGUUUGAAUGGUUAACAGAUAUUGAUAAUUUUUCAUUGGAAACGAUUCCAACUGAUUCGGAUAUUGGAUAUAUAUUGGAAGUUGAUUUAAUAUAUCCAAAAGAAAUCCAUGAUUACCACAAUGAUUUACCAUUCUGUUGUGAAAACAAAACUCCACCCAAUUCGAAUGAAAAAAAAUUACUCAUUGAUUUAAAUGAUAAAUGCGAUCCGAAAGACAUCCCCACCCCUUUAGAUAGCAAUGUGAGCAAUUCUUCAUUGGUUCGCCAGAAAUUACGAAGCUUAGAAGUUGUCUCGUCGGCAGAGGAUGAAACGCCAUGCAUGGGGCUUUUAAAUACUUUGGCCGAAAUUGAAACCUACCGAGAAGAAAAAGAAGAUGCCAACCUUUUGGAAUAUUGGGAGGAAAAAAUACAUGCUGCUCCAGCAACUUAA